AUGUCUAUGUUCGCAUCUACAUUUCGAUGGCUGCAGAGGAAGAGAUAUCAAUAUGAGGUCACAUUCUCAUUGUACAUGUUGACACCCACAGAGAAAUUUAUAUUUAAUUCGUUCCUCUUUCUGUUCUUUAGCAUGAUCAUUAUUGCCAUGACACUUUAUCUUCCACAACACAUUACAUUUCUUACCAACCGCGCCUGGUUUUACUACAAUGGAGACGAGUCCGCCAAGUCUGCCCUUACAUCUGCGAGUCCGGUGAUAGAAGCAGUGGCCAAGGAAACCAUUGCAAAAGCUGCUGUGGUUGGAGUUGGAAAGGAAUUAUGA